GUCGGCUGUGCUCGCCGCCGCCAGGCUGCAUGCAGGAAGCAGGGUCCUCGGCGCCGUCAGGAGCAGCAGCAGCAGCGGUAGCGCCAUGGCGUACAGCGCGAAGAUCGGGCCGUCCAUCCUGAGCAGCGACCUGUCGUGUCUGGGCAGCGAGUGCGUGCGGAUGAUGGAGUGCGGGGCGGAUUAUCUGCACCUGGACGUCAUGGACGGGCAUUUUGUCCCCAACAUCACAUUUGGACAUCCCAUGGUGGAGUGCCUGAGGAAGUCAGUGGGCCAGGACCCCUUCUUUGACAUGCACAUGAUGGUGUCCCGGCCGGAGCAGUGGGUCAAGCCGAUGGCUGCAGCGGGCGCCAACCAGUACACCUUCCACUUAGAAUCCACCACGAACCCUGGAAACCUCAUCAAGGAGAUCAGAGACAGUGGCAUGAAAGUGGGUUUGGCCAUAAAGCCUGGCACUACGGUGGAGGAGCUGGCACCCUGGGCAAACCACAUCGACAUGGCUCUGGUCAUGACUGUGGAGCCCGGCUUUGGAGGACAGAAGUUUAUGGAGGACAUGAUGCCCAAGGUGAGCUGGCUGCGGAAUCAGUUCCCCUCACUAGACAUCGAAGUCGACGGCGGCGUCGGACCGGACACCAUUCACAAGUGUGCAGAAGCGGGGGCCAACAUGAUCGUGUCGGGCAGCGCCGUGAUCAGCAGUGACAAUCCCCGUUCUGUCAUUGCCCUCCUGCGCACGGCGGUGGCCGAAGCAAUCCAGAAACGCUCGCUGGACCGCUGAGAUGCCCCAUUUACCCACGUCACCCCCCCGCCCCUCCGCCGCGGCGCCUCCGUCUGCCCGCCCCAGCUCCUCACCGCAGCGGGCGGCGGAAACGACUCGACAAGGACAUUUCUGGGGUAGAGGUCGAAGGUCGCCGUCAGAGCGGAGGCCUCUCGGUAGAAAUGUCAGCCGAUGGCCAAUUUUAAAUCACUUGGAUGUGAUUGAAGCUGCGUCGUGCCUCAACCUACACAGCCCGGACUUCAUCCUCCCUCCCGCCGCCGUCUGAGCGCCUCACUCAGAACGAGCCUUAUCUCCGCCUGCGAGCCGCCGUUUCAGGCCCGGAGCUAAGGUCACUCGAAUCGAUCCCGUAAACAUUCCUCAGCAGUGUUUGGACCCGCGCUGAACGAUUUAAGAGUAAAUUAUCAGUGGAAAACCCGAGCACUUUUAAUCAACCUUCAGUUUUGUAUUUCUUUGACUUCAUUCUGUCAUGUCAGAGAUCAAACACUAUUUCGGCUGAUUUAUUCUGCUGUACUACUGAUCAUGUACACUGAAACAUCUCAACACAUUUGGUUCUGUGGAUUAAAACGUUAAAAGAGAAGUGAAGUCUGCACUGUGUUUGA